GGCGGGGACGCGCGCGGAGCUGAGGCGCGCGAGGCCUCCAGGACCCGCAGCCGCACCCCGUCAUGGGCGCCCGGAAGCCCCCCUGCUCCGGCCCACUGCUGGUGGUCUGCGCCCUUCUGUCCUUUGCCACGGCCGCCUUCCUGGGGUGCACCCUGCUCCAGCACACCGAGGCGGCCCCCCGGGAGUGGCGUGGCUUCUCCCGGGUCUCGGGGGAGAACCGCCCUGGGCGCCUGCCUGCCCCAGAGGACCAUGGCCACCCCGGCACCACACCCACGCAGUGCGACGUGCCCCCCAACAGCCGCUUCGACUGUGCCCCUGAUAAGGGCAUCACCCGGGAGCAGUGCGAGGCCCGGGGCUGCUGCUACGCGCCUGCUGGGCAGCGCCAGGCCCCCAGGAUGGGGCAGCCCUGGUGCUUCUUCCCCCCCAGCUACCCGAGCUACGUGCUGGGGAACCUGAGCAGCACAGACACGGGCUACACGGCCACGCUGACCCGCGCCACCCCCACCUUCUUCCCCAAGGAUGUCCUGACCUUGCGGCUGGACGUGCUGAUGGAGACGGAGAGCCGGCUGCGCGUCACGAUCAAAGACCCCGCCAACAGGCGCUACGAGGUGCCGCUGCGGACCCCGCGCGCCCGCCGCCGGGCCCGGGCCCCGCUCUACAGCGUGGAGUUCUCGCGGGAGCCCUUCGGGCUGGUCGUGCGCCGGAGGCUGGACGGUCGGGUGUUGCUGAACACCACGGUGGCCCCCCUGUUCUUCGCCGACCAGUUCCUGCAGCUGUCCACCUCCCUGCCCACCCGGCACAUCACCGGCCUCGCGGAGCGCCUGGGGUCCCUGAUGCUCAGCACCGACUGGACCAGGGUCACCCUCUGGAACCGGGACAUGGCCCCUGCGCACGACGCGAACCUGUACGGCUCUCACCCUUUCUACCUGGCGCUGGAGGACGGCGGGUCGGCGCACGGGGUCUUCCUGCUCAACAGCAACGCCAUGGAUGUGGUCCUGCAGCCCAGCCCGGCCCUCAGCUGGCGGACGACAGGAGGGAUCCUGGACGUGUAUGUCUUCCUGGGCCCGGAGCCCAAGAGUGUGGUGCGGCAGUACCUGGACGUCGUGGGCCGCCCGUCCAUGCCGCCUUACUGGGGCCUGGGCUUCCACCUGAGCCGCUGGGGCUACUCCUCCGCCGCCCUCACGCGCCAGGCCGCGGACAACAUGACCCGCGCCGCCUUCCCCCUGGACGCGCAGUGGAACGACCUGGACUACAUGGACGCGCGCCGCGACUUCACCUUCGGCGCGGGCGGCUUCGGCGACCUCCCGGGCCUAGUGCGCGCGCUGCACCGCGGCGGCCGGCGCUACGUGGUGCUCGUGGACCCCGCCAUCAGCAGCGCGGGCCCCCCGGGGAGCUACAGGCCCUACGACGAGGGGCUGCGGAGGGGCGUCUUCAUCACCAACGCCACGGGGCAGCCGCUCAUCGGGAAGGUGUGGCCGGGCCCCUGCGCCUUCCCUGACUUCACCAACCCCGAGGCCCUGGACUGGUGGCAGGACAUGGUGGUCGAGUUCCACACCCAGGUGCCCUUCGACGGCAUGUGGAUUGACAUGAACGAGCCGUCCAACUUCGUGAAGGGCUCAGUGGACGGCUGCCCCGACAACGACCUGGAGAGCCCACCCUAUGUGCCCGGGGUGGUCGGCGGGACCCUCCGGGCGGCCACCAUCUGUGCCUCCAGCCGCCAGUUCCUCUCCACGCACUACAACCUGCACAACCUCUACGGCCUCACAGAAGCCUUUGCCUCCCACCGGGCCCUGGUGAAGGCCCGGGGGACUCGCCCCUUCGUGAUCUCUCGCUCGACCUUCGCCGGCCACGGCCGCUACGGCGGCCACUGGACCGGGGAUGUGUGGAGCAGCUGGGAGCAGCUCUCGGACUCCGUGCCAGAUGUCUUGCUCUUCAACCUGCUGGGGGUGCCCCUGGUGGGGGCCGACAUCUGCGGUUUCCUGGGCAACACGUCGGAAGAACUGUGCGUGCGCUGGACGCAGCUGGGGGCCUUCUACCCCUUCAUGCGGAACCACAACGACCUCAGCAGCCUGCCGCAGGAGCCGUACCGGUUCAGCGAUUCGGCGCAGGCUGCCAUGAGGAGGGCCUUCGGGCUGCGCUACGCCCUGCUGCCCCACCUCUACACGCUGUUCCACCGCGCCCACGUCGCCGGGGAGACCGUGGCCCGGCCCCUCUUCCUGGAGUUCCCUGAGGACCCCCGCACCUGGACCGUGGACCGCCAGCUGCUGUGGGGCGAGGCCCUGCUCAUCACCCCGGUGCUGGAGGCCGGCCAGGCCGAGGUGACCGGCUACUUCCCUGCCGGCACGUGGUACGACCUGCAGACGGUGCCCAUGGAGGCCCUCGGCAGCCUCCCGCUUCCGUCCCGCGCCCCCCGCGAGCCUGCCAUCCGCAGCAAGGGGCAGUGGGUGACGCUGCCGGCGCCCCUGGACACCAUCAACCUCCAUCUGCGGGCCGGGCACCUCCUCCCCGUGCAGGGCCCCGGCCUUACCACCACCGAGACCCGCGGGCAGCCCAUGGCCCUGGUCGUGGCCCUGACCGCGAGCGGGGAGGCCCGCGGGGAGCUGUUCUGGGACGACGGGGAGAGCCUGGACGUGCUGGAGCGAGGGGCCUACACGCACGUGGUCUUCCUGGCCGGGAACAACACCGUCAGGAGCGAGCUGGUGCACGUGGCCAGCGAGGGGGCGGGCCUGCAGCUGAGGAGGGUGACCGUCCUGGGGGUGGCCGCGGCCCCCGGCAGGUUCUGUCCGACGGCGUCCCCGUGUCCUUCACCUACAGCCCCGAGAACAAGACCCUGGACGUCCCUGUCUCGCUGACCGUGGGUGUGCGGUUUCUCCUCAGCUGGUCC